AUGCAGCCUUGGAUAUAUAAGGCGGCUGCCAGUCGUCAAUUCCCCAAGAAAAUGGCGAGAAAAAUGGACGUCGAGGCUCUCCUCGACCAAUUGACCCUCGAGGAGAAAAUAUCCUUGCUUGCUGGUAAAGAUUUUUGGCAUACUGUACCGAUUCCAAGAUUAGACAUCCCCAGUAUUCGAGUGUCUGAUGGACCCAAUGGAAUUAGGGGAACCAAGUUUUUCAAUGCAAUUCCCUCCAACUGUUUUCCUUGUGGAACCGGACUUGCGGCUACUUUUAAUAAGGAAUUGUUGCAUGAGGUUGGAAAGUUGAUGGGAAAAGAAGCUAUCAUGAAAGGUGCUCAUGUUAUAUUGGGACCUACGUGUAAUAUUGUGAGAUCUCCUUUAGGGGGUCGGUCUUUUGAACUGUACUCGGAAGAUCCCGUGCUUUCUGGCCAUGCCGCUUCAUACAUUAUUCAAGGAAUUCAGAGUGAAAAAGUGUUGGCUUGCCUUAAGCAUUUUGUGUGUAACGAUUUGGAGGAUAAUCGGAAAGGAAUUGAUGUGCUUGUGACAGACAGAGCGGUUCGUGAAAUCUACUUGAAACCAUUUCAAAUCGCCCUUCGUGAUGCUGAUCCCAAAUCGUUGAUGACUUCGUACAACAAGAUCAAUGGAGUUCAUGUGUCACAGUCGCAAGAAUACCUCCAGAAUAUUUUAAGAAGAGAAUGGAAGUAUGACGGAAUGACAAUGUCUGACUGGUUUGGAACCUACAGUAUUAAAGAGUCACUUGACGCAGGACUCAACUUGGAAAUGCCAGGUCCUACAAGGUACAGACAAGAGAUUCAGACCGCUCACAAAGUCAAUUGCAACGAAAUCCAUGAAGAUGUCAUUACGGAGAAUGCUAGACGGGUGCUCAAUGCUGUCAGACUUGCCCAGGAAAUUGGCAUUAAAGACGACGCUGAAGAAUUGGCAAAUGAUACCAAAGAGGCUUCGCAGCUUUUGAGAAAAUCUGGUGGAGAAUCACUUGUACUUUUAAAGAACAAUGAUAUUUUGCCAUUGCCAGUCAAAGCCAGUUCGACUAUCAAAAAGAUUGCAGUAAUUGGACCCAAUGCCAAAGCUGCUCAGGAUUCUGGUGGAGGUUCUGCUUCUAUGACUACCAGAUACAAAAUCACUCCAUACGAAGGCAUUAAAGCCAAAUUGGAAGAAGCUGGAAACUCAAUUGAAUUGGAGUAUGCUAUGGGUGCUACUCUAGACAAAACUUUACCGGAUGUGGCCACAAUUACAGAAUACAAUGGAAAACCAGGACUCAUGGCCAAAUUCUAUAAGCAUGCUCCUGGCACUGCCGAUAGAGAAUUAUUUCACGAACUACCACUUCAGACCAGUAAAGUGUUUCUUCCAGAUUUUUACCAUGAAAAGCUUGAAAAAGGUCAACUCCUCUACUACAUUGACAUAGAAGGAACCUUUACCCCAGACGUUUCGUCGACUUUCGAGUUUGGCUGUUCGUGCUUGGGAACAGCUCAAGUUUUCGUGGACGAGAAACUUUUGGUAGACAACAAAACCAAGCAGGAGUACGGCGAUGCCUUUUUCUUGGGAAUGGGUACGAGGGAAGAGGUUUCAGAAAUCAAAUUGGAAAAGGGAAAGACAUACAAUAUUCGAGUGGAAUUUGGAACCAGUCCAACUUAUACUUUACCUUGUAUUCACAAAGAAGCUGGAGGUGUCUUUUUUGGAUUUAGAGAAAAGGUAGAUCCUCAGGACAUGAUUAAGAGAGCCGUAGAAGUGGCUAAAGACAGCGAUAGGGUUAUUUUGUGCUUGGGACUUUCGAAGGAAUGGGAAUCGGAGGGUUUCGAUAGACCAGAUAUGGACAUUCCUGGGUACACAACGCAGCUUGUAGACCAAGUUUGCGAGGUUAACAAGAAUGUUAUUGUUGUCAACCAAAGUGGUUCGCCGGUUGCAAUGCCUUGGAUAGACAAAAUUCAAGGUUUGGUUCACGCAUGGUACGGUGGUAAUGAGUUGGGAAAUGCCAUUGCCGAUGUUCUUUUCGGCACAGUUAAUCCUUCUGGAAAGUUAUCUAUGACAUUCCCCAAGGCGAUUGAAGAUAACCCAUCGUUUGUCAACUUUACAAGUGACCAUGGAAGAGUGUUAUAUGGUGAAGAUGUCUAUGUUGGUUACAGAUGGUACGAAAAGACAAAAAGAGACGUUUUGUUCCCCUUUGGUUUUGGGUUAUCCUAUACCACUUUCGAGGUUUCUGGACUAAAGGUUCAGCAUAAGAAAGAUCAAAUUGUUGUCGAGGUCAAUGUGAAAAAUACUGGUCUGGUAGCAGGAGCAGAAAUUGUUCAGGCCUACAUCCACCACGUGAGACCCUCAAUUCCUCGUCCCGUUAAGGAAUUGAAGGAUUUUGCCAAGGUAUUCUUGAAAAAGGGAGAAUCAAAGAAGGUUUCAAUGACGUUUUCGGUGAGAGAAGCAACCUCGUAUUGGAACGAAUACAAGAACAAAUGGUGUUCUGAAAAAGGAGACUACGAGGUUCUUGUAGGAACGAGUUCUGCGGAUACACCAUUAAAGGACAAGUUUACUAUUGAGAGCACAGAGUACUGGUUGGGAUUGUAA